AUGAAUAGGUUCACCAAGGAGGCGCUCAAAGUCCCGGAUUUGGACCAAAAGGUAGCGAUGAUUGCCCUUCAACAAGGAACCAUGGAUGAUAAUUUCCGCCGCUCACUAGCCAAGAGGGCCCCUGACAACAUGAAUGAGCUCCAAGAGAGAGCCGGGAAGUAUAUUAAGGCAGAGGAAAUCAUGAGAAAAUCCCAGAAUAACCAGGGACCAACCACGGACUCUAAGAAGCGUGGGAACGAUACUGAAUAUGAUGCUGAUAACAAGUAUUUGAAAAGGGAAGAUGGUGAAAAGUCACCCACCAAGAAGCAAUCAGGUUCGAGGUUCACUGAGUAUGCAAGGCUGAAUGCCCCCAGGAGUCAGAUUCUGAUGGAAAUUGAGAAAGAGGGAGGAUUGAAGGAUGAGAUUGAGUUUUUGAUCCGGAAAGGCAAGUUGGCCAGGUAUACUAGGGAUGCAGAUAGGAAUCCCCGUGACAAUGAUAGUCGCGAUAGGGACAAUGAUGAUCAUGAUAGGAGAACCGAGCCUCGAGGGCCCGUGAUCAAUAUGAUCUCUGGAGGACCGACUGCAGCAGGCUUGUCUAGUAACUCACGAAAAGCUUAUGCUCGUGAAGUGAUGUGUAUCAUUGGAGAACCCCCGAAGAGGGCCAAGACCGAGAUUACGUUAACCUUUGAUGAUUCUGAUCUAGAAGGGGUGAAGUUUCCCCAUGACGACCCGUUGGUCAUAACUCCCGUUAUUGGAAACUCAUCUAUUAAGAGAGUUCUUGUUGAUAAUGGAGCUUCUGUAGACAUCCUCUUCUAUGAUGCUUAUCAAAAGAUGGGGUAUGCUGAUUCACAGUUGACACCGUCCAACAUGCCGAUCUAUGGUUUCAACGGAGUAGAAUCCAAGAUUGAAGGAAUGAUCCAAUUACCAGUGACCAUGGGAGCGGAGCCACGACAGGCCACUUACAUGUUGAACUUUAUGGUCAUUAAGGCCUCAUCAACCUACAACGCUAUCCUAUGA